UUAAACCUCAAAGAAGAAGAAGAAGAAGAAGAAGAAGAAGAAGAAGAAGAAGAAGAAGAAGAAGAAGAAGCUCAUUCCGCAGUAUUUGACAUUAGUUGAAAUGAGAAGCUAACCACAGACAAGAAGUUUUCUGCUUGCACUCUACUGAAGUCAAGCCACGUAUUAAGUCAUGGAAAACUAAGUCAAAUAGCAGUUCGCGGAUUUUAUCGACACAACAGCGGGGCUGCAGCAGGUGGAAGCAGCCGCCUCCGCGGAGAUGGUCAACUUGAACUGGAAGCCGUUCAUCUACGGAGGGAUGGCCUCGAUUGUCGCAGAAUUCGGGACAUUUCCCAUUGACCUGACUAAGACGCGACUACAGGUCCAGGGUCAGUGCCAGUACACAGAGGUGCGCUACAGGGGCAUGUUCCACGCCCUCUUCAGGAUCGGCAAGGAGGAGGGCAUCCGAGCACUCUAUUCUGGGAUUUCUCCUGCUCUGUUGAGACAAGCUUCUUAUGGGACAAUCAAGAUAGGAACCUACAACUCUCUGAAGAGGCUGUUUGUUACUCAUCCAGAAGAUGAGACCAUGGUCAUCAACGUCUUCUGUGGUGUCAUCUCUGGAGUCCUGUCCUCUUCUCUAGCCAACCCCACUGAUGUCCUCAAGAUCAGAAUGCAGGCGCAAGGCAGUCUGCUCCAAGGCAGCAUGAUGUCCAACUUCGUCAACAUCUACCAGACAGAGGGCACCAGAGGGCUGUGGAGAGGUGUCAUCCCCACAGCGCAGCGAGCAGCCAUUGUCGUCGGAGUGGAACUUCCUGUCUAUGACAUAACGAAGAAACAUCUCCUUCGCUCUGGCGUCAUGGGAGACACCAUUUUGACACAUUUUAUUUCAAGUUUCACGUGUGGCUUGGCGGGGGCGCUGGCCUCCAACCCUGUGGACGUUGUCCGGACCCGUAUGAUGAACCAGCGAGUUUUGUCGGGAGCCCCCAUGUAUAAAGGAACACUCGACGGACUGAUGCAGACGUGGAAGAAUGAGGGCUUCUUCGCUCUCUAUAAGGGAUUCUGGCCUAACUGGCUGCGGCUGGGGCCUUGGAACAUCAUUUUCUUCAUCACCUUCGAGCAGCUGAAGAAGCUCCCGUUUUAACAGGAGCAGGAAGUGGGACUUCACUGGUCUGUUAGAUUGUGUCAGGCAUAAGUGGGGUGUGAGCACGGCAGCUCCUGGAGUUUUGGCACCGGUAUAUUUACACGAUACAAUAUUAAUCAUCUGCUCAUGCUCAUCCAAAUCAUGUGUUGAUUUUUCUUUUUUUGCAAUGUGUUUUAUUUAUUGUCACUGGUUCGGUUUUAGUAAUGUUUUAAGGACUGUUGCUUCGGUGAUUGCUCUCACCCUCAACCACCUGCGACACUCCCCAGGCAGCUUGAUGUUUGGUUGUAGCAGAAGACUGCACGUUUGGAAGACUAAGUUUAUUUCCUUGAGCUGAUUUGAAAAGAAGAGAGUUUGUGGGUUGUGUGAGUUUCUCAAAAGACAGAGAUGACACUUGUGAUUGUUUGCUCAGGAUUCUUAUACAGAUCUGGAAAAACACUGGAAAAUGAAUUUAUUAAUAAGCCUAGUAAUUGGAGACUGUCAGUUCAGUCUUGCAUGGCUAUGUACACAGCUUGUGGAUUUUUUUUUUUUAAAAAAAGGAGAAAAUAAUGAGAAGUUCUAAAAUGAAUGACGUUUAGGAACCCUAUAAUUUGAAUGCGUGGGCGCUGCAUGAAAUGUGUUUGGAAAAUAAGUCAAUUUAACUGCUAAUGUGAGAAAUUGCAUGGAAGAGUGGUACAAAUAGAUCGACUGUUACAGGUAGUUACUGUUCUGAGAGGGAAUUAAGACACUGACAGAAAGGAGGAAAUAAUGCUCAACAGCACUCCAGGCAGGGUGCAAAAUUAAAUUUUUUGUCCACCGGCCAAAUGGUCAGCGAAUGUUUAAAUUUGACUAGUCUCUUAAUAGAGUACCAUUAUUUGACUGGUGAGUAAAGCAAAUCUAGCAGCCACUUGCAUAUUUUACCAGCAUUUGGCUGGUGGAUGGUGCUAAUUUUGUAUCCUGACUCCAGGUGAUCAAUGGUUGAUCUCUGUAAAUGGAUAAUGAUACUCAGCGAUAUCAUGUGAUCUUUGGUAUAUUAAAGGGAUAGUUGGGAUUUUUUUAAGUGGGGUUGUAUGAGUAUUUGUAUCUAUGCUUUCUUCAAACUGAUAUUUUGGUGUUAAGAAUUACAGUUUUUCAAUUCAAUGGGUCAGUUGCCAGAAAAUAACUUGACACGUUUUUUUCUUUUGUUUAUUAUUUCAUAGGCAAACUAAAGCAAUUUCCUGUACUCUGAACAUCUGUGAUCUUAAAGAACCACUGCAGUUUUACUUGAAACUAUCAGAAACCUGAACCAAAGCCUCUAAUGACAAAAGGGAAACACACUUUUGAGACACUUUUGCUCUUAUUCAUUCACAACCAAAAGAAGUUUGUUUGUUUUCUCGUCCUCGUUCUUAAGGAAAUAAUCAAUCCAGAUCAUGGAUAUGUUGUUUUUGUUCAUUUUUGCGGUAAAGACAUUUUACUUUUUCACAUCGUUCAUCUACAGUCUGCUGCAGUAUUGGGAGCUAAUUUAAACAUUAUUAACCCACAAGAACACCCGUAUGUCACUUGCUGAAAAGACUCAUUCACACAUAAGAGGUGGAUGUAUUUUAUCUUUUUAUGUCCAGGUGUUUA